AAAACCUCAUCGUAGUUGGACAAGUGUCUUAGUAUAUACUCUUUUUCUUUGAUCAUUUUCCAAAUCCAAAGUUCAUCAUGGGUGUUUUCACAUAUGAAACCGAGUUCACCUCUGUCAUCCCUGCACCUAGAUUGUUCAAGGCUUUUAUCCUUGAUGGCGAUAACCUCAUCCCGAAGAUUGCUCCACAAGCAAUUAAAAGCACUGAAAUCAUCGAAGGCGAUGGAGGUGUUGGAACCAUCAAGAAAGUUACCUUUGGUGAAGGCAGCCAAUACGGGUAUGUUAAGCAUAAGGUGGAUGGGAUUGACAAACACAACUUUACAUACAGUUACUCUAUGAUUGAAGGAGAUGCCUUGUCUGACAAGAUUGAGAAGAUCGCUUAUGAGACCAAAUUGACCGCAUCUCCUGAUGGAGGAUCCAUCAUCAAAACCACCAGUCACUGCCAUACCAAGGGUGGUGUUGAGAUCAAGGAAGAGCAUGUUAAGGCUGGCAAAGAGAAGGCUUCCGGUCUCUUCAAGCUUCUUGAAGCCUACCUCGUGGCCAACCCUGAUGCCUACAACUAAAUCUGAUGUUAUCGAUACAUGUAAUUUGUGUGUUACCCUUGUUGUCUUCAUGGCAUAAGUUCAAGUUUCUUAUGUUUUUUUCAUUCAGUGAUGCUUUAGUUGGAAAAAUACUAACUUACUAAGGGUAUUGCUACCUUUGUUUGAAUAAAAUUACUAUAAUAAUAAAAAGUUUAAUGUCCUAUGCUACAAAA